AUGGCUAUCACAGAUUCAGCCUAUAUCGACAACGAAAAUGCGGACAGAAUGUAUCAAAUCCAACGAAAGCGACAAGGCCUUCUCGAAACACUGGAUGAUUGCCGCUCCUUUCAAGCGACAGAUCCUCGAGACAAAGUCUAUGGAAUUCUCGCCUUGGUCGAGCCAAUAGAAGAAGCCAGUGAUCUGUGCGUAGACUACAACAAGGAUGUGGGUGAAGUCUAUGCCGAUGUGGUCAUUGCGAUUUUAAGACGACACUCAGACCUCAAUAUUCUCGCUUACAUCGAUCACGGCUCCGAGUAUCGCAGUGACGGUAGUUUUACAUCCUGGUCUCCUCAAUGGAAUAACACAAACGCCGGUUUGAGAUAUUUCCCAGCUUCCGGCUCGCCGUUGAGCGCCUGUCGGAGCACACAUCUCAAAUCAGUGGAUACGUCUGAUGUAAAUUCGCAGUAUCUUAGGCUGAAUGGGUCGAUAUAUAGCAGUGUCACCACUGUUCAGGCACAAAUGGGUAUGGAUGCCAUGAAGAACCACUGCAAACAUCCGUUCUACAAUAUUCUUACCGCCGUAUUGGGCCAUCAAUCUGAUGACGACUACACAAUCAGGCGGACGCUAGCUCGGACCUUGACUGCGGGAUGCAACAGUGAGAUGGACGACAUCAUCACUGCAAGCGAAGAGAAAAAACGACUUUUCUACGUUAGCUUUGAGCUCUUCAUUUAUUGUAUGGAUGAGGGAUUGAAUUUCUUGGAGCUGAGGAAGUCGGUGCUAACAGGUGAGAGCUUCUACGACGAAGCAGAGAUAGUAUGCUUAGAGCGAAGAUUUUUCCAGCUGUCGAACGGAAAGUUUGGGAUUGGGCCUGCUUGUAUGCGGGUUGGGGACGUAGUCGUUGUGCUGUUUGGCGGCGACGCGCCGUACGUCCUUCGACCAUGCGGAAGAUCUUAUCUCCUCAUGGGCCAAGCAUACGUUGAUGAAUUGAUGAAUGGAGAGCUUAUGGACGAGUUGGAUGCAGGACGAGUACAAGAACGACAGUUUGUGCUGGUGUGA